AUCAGCAAAUAAAGUAACGCGUCACAAUCUCAUCAUUAUUUAAUCUGUGGCUGAAUUCAGUAGCACCUCUGGUGAUUUCUAAUAGAACUACAUCUUUUUAGAGAACAUGUUUUUUGUGGUACACAGGUUGGGACUUAUAACUUAACAUUUUUAAUCACGUCCUCCUUUCUCUGUGUCAUGGGCAAAAUAUCCCAUUUCAAUAUAGUUGAUGGAUUAUUUCCCAAAAGAAGUAAACUUGAAAAUUAAACGAAAUCAAGUUAAAAGUUAUUGUUUGUUCAAAGCAGAAUACCAAUGUGUUCUUUGGUAUUGCAUUUCGUGAAAUCGUGUGUGUAAAAUAUUAAACUAUAUAUAGUUUAAAUUAAAAGAAAAUUAAAUACAAUUCAUUAUUUUGAAUGUAAAUUUACUCGUGUGCAAAUUGAUUCUUGACACUUUAAGUUUACAUUAAACCUGUAACACGUGGAUAGCUAAAAUUGGACCUUUAAAAACCACUGCCUGGGUCUGAGUUUCAAGAUUCUUUUUCUUUUUUUUUUUUGGGAUCAUCGAGUUGUAUUUAUUUUGAUUGGAAAAAAAUUCUUUUGCGGUGGAUCUAGUUCAUCAUCAUAGGUUAGUAUGUCACACCACAGCGAUGAUAAUAUGCUAAUAGCAUCAACAGAUUCCUUUUGGGAACCUGGGAAUUAUAAGCGUACUACAAAAAGAAUUGAGGAUGGUCAUAAAUUAUGUGACAGUUUAAUCCAACUUGUCCAAGAGAGAUCAGAAAUAGAGAAAAAUUAUGCGAAGUCACUAAAAAGUUGGUCAAAAAAUUGGAAUGAUAAAAUUGAAAAAGGUCCUGAAUAUGGUACAACUGAAGCUGCAUGGAAGGGAGUUUUAAAUGAAUCUGACAGAUUAUGCGAUUUACAUCUAAAAGUUAGAGAUAAUCUUUGCAAUGACAUAAUACAACAAGUGAAGACUUGGCAGAAGGAUGCUUAUCACAAGUCAAUGAUGACAUUAAAGGAACGAAAGGAAAUGGAAGAUGCUUUUAAGAAAGCUCAGAAACCAUGGGGAAAAAUUUUGCAAAAAGUGGAAAAAACUAAGGCGGAAUAUCAUAAUAGUUGCAAAAUUGAACGUACGGCAACAAAUGUUGAAAGGAAUGCAACUGCUGAUAGUUCACUCUCACCAGAUCAGGUAAAGAAGAUGCAAGACAGAGUGCAAAAAACUAAGAGUGAAGUACAAAAUGCUAAGGAAAAAUACGAAGCGGCUCUACAAGAAAUAAAUUCUUAUAAUCCAAAGUACAUGGAGGAUAUGACUCAAGUCUUUGAGAAAUGCCAAGAAAUGGAAGCUCAAAGACUUAAAUUUUUCAAAGACGUACUCUUUGGCAUUCACAAGUGUUUGAAUAUUUCUCAAGAUCCAGAACUUCCUCAAAUCUAUGAAGAAUUUUAUCACACAGUCAACAAUGCGGAUCAUGAAAAAGACUUGAAGUGGUGGUCUAAUAAUCAUGGAGUAAAUAUGGCCAUGAAUUGGCCACAAUUUGAGGAUUACACGGAGGAGUUCCGAGACAUCACGAAGGGUGCUAAAUCAAAGGAAUCUUUACCAGCAGGUUCUAUCACUCUCAUCAAUCAACGACCCGUUGGAGAGGAUUCGCAUGAUUUUCUGCCGACCAGUCACAAAGCUAAAGCGAAACCUGUAGGAAGCAUAAUAUCAACAAAUGCCGAUUCUGAAGAAGGAAAAGCAGAUGGUGUUAAUUCGAGGAAAGAAAUACUAGAGAAAAACAAUGAUGAUGAUCAUUCAGUCAAUAGGAAUUCUCAAAUCACAAAUGGUACUAAAGCAAAACAAGAAUCGAAUCCUUUUGAAGAAGAGGAAUGGGAUGAAGAAGCAGGGGAAACAUUAGUAGAUAAUGGAGAACCAGGGGUACCUGUACGAGCACUUUAUGAUUAUGAGGGUGCAGAAGCAGACGAACUCAGCUUUAAACAAGGGGAUAUAUUUGAAAAACUAGAAGAUGAGGACGAACAAGGAUGGUGUAAAGGAAGAAAAGACGGCAGAGUUGGCCUGUAUCCUGCAAAUUAUGUUGACUUAGUAACGCAGUAGAGAUAGAAAAAAAAACCACAUACACAUACACACAAACACACUAAAUCCAAAAACAAUCUAUUAAACCUAUGAUUAUAAAUAUAUCAUUCAUAGUAACUCAUGUUAAAAUUUUAUGGCGAUAAAAAAAAUAUAAUGAGAGAAUGCAGAGUACUAAUUUAUGAAAAAAUAAAAAAAAAAAUUUCGUGCAAUGAGAGAGGAUAUGUAUACGAAUUUUUAAAGUUCUCUGCAUCUAUAGAUGAGUGCACACUAUUUUCAAAGGACUUUAACAAUUGGAACGCAAGAUUAUUCUUUUUUUGUUGCAUAUUUAAUUGCUUUGUCAAAUUUUGAAAAAAUGUGUAAAGAAACAAGAAUGAAAAACGUAUUAUAUUUGCUGAAAUAUUUAGCUGUUGAAAAAAUGAUUUAUUGUAGAAAUGAAAUAUUACAAUUUCUGCUGUUUGAUUUAUAUGAAGAAAUUAUAAAUAUUAGCAUUAUUUAUUAAUUCAAUCGCCACUUAUAACUAUAUUUUAAUAAUUAUUAUUAUUAUAUUUAGUCGUAUAUUUUUAUGACUAUAUAAGUAUUAUUAUACAUUCUAUAUACAUAUAUGUGUGCCUGUAUGUAUAUAAUUGUAUUAAUAGACAAACAGCAGCUCAUCUAGUGCCGAAGAUCUAUUUAAGGUUAAUUUAUUUUCUUUUAUUUUUCUUAAAGUGAAUAUUGUUUAGAAAUUCAGCAUCUAUUCCCAAACUGUGUCAUUGUACAUAGUAGUAUUAGAAAAUUAGAAAUAUAAUAAUUAACUUUCGUUUGUUGAUGUGUUCAAAACGAAAAAAAAAGAAAAAGAAUAGAAGAAAACUAUUUUUCGAAAAAUUUUUUUUGUUGAUAAUAUUCUUAAAAAAUUGUUUAAUAAUUAAGUUUCUUUGUUUUAUUUUUUUUUUUUUUUUGAACUCGAAGUAAGAUAAUUUAUAUCUUUGAAAUUAAUUAAAGAUGCAUCAUCAAUUUUUUAAUUAUUAAAAUUUGAGUUUUUUUUUUUAAAUAUCAUUUUUAUGAUAACUACUGUUGAUCACUAUUAAUAAUUAUAAAUAAUGUUAUUUGUUUUAAUAUGCAGUCUGAAAUUAUUUAUAUAUAGAUUUCUUUGCAUUUUUUUGGGUUAAAGUACUUUUGACCUUUAUUUUUUUCAAAAUAUUUUAUUUUAUUUUAUAUUAUUGCACUGGAAUAUGCUUCAUAUAUAAAUCGUAAUGUAAAUAAUACGAAAGUAUUUUUUUUUUUUUUGUUGACUGGUGCACUCCUAAUUUUUAAAAUUUCUUUAAUUUAAAAUAUAAUAAUCAUUCAAAAGCUUAAAACUUGGGGAAAUUCUAUUUUUAUGCUUUACUAAAAUAUUUUUAAAUUGUUUUUUCUACAUUUUGUAAAUUUUUUCUAAAUCGAAUUGUUAAUAAUUAAAGUAAAUGUAAAUAAAUUUUCAAUUUUCAUUUGAAUAAUUUUAUUUCAACAAAUAUUUUCAGUUAAUAGAAAAUUUUUAAUACAAAAAUUCAUAUUUUUGUAGAAUAGAAUUCACAAUUUUUGUAUUGUUGGAAGUUUCGAAUAACUAAAUUUUGCUCUUAAAUAGUCUUUUUAUUUUAAUUUUACUAUACUUUUUUUUUACAAGAGAUAAUAUAUAUUUUUGGAUAAUACUUUUUGUAAUUUUUUUUUUUUCAGACUAUUGGCAAAAUAAAUGUGUCUUUAAAAAUAAUUAACAUUUCUAAUAGUGGAAUAUUUAAUUUAUCUUGAAUAAUUUCCUAUUUGUAUAAGUAUCUGCUUAAUUUAAAAACAAUAAACUUUUUUUGAGGAAGAAAAUUUUUUGAAUUUGAAUUUGAAGAAAAUUAUUCUAAUUUUUUUUUUUUUUUUAAUGAAACCCAAAUUUUAUUUUGAUAUCUUAAUAUUUUGAAAUUACCGUAAAGCGCAUUAAAUUUCACAUAUAUUUUACAUUCGAGAAGAAAUUACUUUUUCUAAAAAAAUUAAUAUCUGUGUAAAAACGAUAGAAAUUAAUUUUUUUAACCGACAAGCGAUAUUGUUAACAAAUUGCUUAAAGGAAAAAAUCGAUUAAUUCUUAGUUAAAAAAAUUUUUUUUAGUAUUUUUUAACAAAUUGCUUAAAUGAAUAAACAAACAUAUCAAUUAAUUGUUAAACAUUUUUUCAGUGUUAUGAAACUGCAAAAUAUAAGAAAAAAAAAUGUAGUUAUUUUUGUAUUUAUUGGUUUAUUUUGCAAUGAAUUUUACUUUUAAUUUUUCCUUUUAUUUCUAUAAAAAAAAAAAAACAAACAUUUUUCUCUCUUGUAAAGUAUAUUUGUAAAAAUUUUUUUUUGUCUUUACACCAUCAAGAAACAACGAAUUUGAAAAUACUGUAGUAUAAUGUCAAUAUUUUUUUUAAAAUCUAAAAUAUUUUCUUAGAUAUUUUGAAAUGGAAAAAAUUUUUUUUUUGUAUCAACAUGAAAAAAAGUAGACAUUCUGAAGUUUCAAGAUUUUGAAUGAAAUAUUAAAUAUCUAACGAAAUUAUAAAGUACAGAUGUGCUCGAGUAGACAAUAUAUAUAUAUGAAAAUAUUUUUUUUCUUUUUUGAGAAAAAUAUUCUGUUAUAACGACUUAGUUGGAUGAAUUUUUGUUAUUAGUUUAGAGUGUAUAACUCUGUGAGUUUAAAAUGUUAAUCACUCAACGUCUAUUGUAAAAAAAAAAUAAUAUUGCAAUAGUAUAAAAUUUUCUUUUUCGCAUCCAGCAGGAAUUAAGUUAAAAUAUUAUAUUUGACAAAAAACACUGUUUUUCCGAUUUUUUCUAUAAAAAAAAAAAAAUAAUUGAAAAUAAAAAUUAAGCAAUUUGUAUUAAAUAAAAAUUGUAUCUUGUUAGUUUUUCAUUAGAGUCAGUGACUUACGUAAUAUUUAAAAAGAAAAGGUAGAAAAUAUCAGAUUGAUUGAGUUUAGCCAUAAAGAACAAAUGUACCAAAUGCAAUAAAGUACAAAGCCUGCUUUUUUAAUUAAGAACAAAAUUAAAUUAUUAUAUUAUAUUUUUUAUAGUUGAACUUAAUUAAUUUCUUAUCUUUCACCUAUUUGUGAUUAUUUAAUAACAUUCGUCCCUGAUUUUAAUUGUAAUAUUUUAUUUUUUAUAGAAAUUAUCGGAACACAAUUUUUUUUUUUUUGACGCUGGAUAUUAAAAAUUUUUUAUUUUUAUUAAUUCUUUUGCAUUUUGCAGACUAAAUUUAACAAUUUAAUUUAUGUAUAAAAA